AUGGAUUUUUCUCCAGUUAAUGUUGCCAUCCGCUUUGAGUACCAGUGCUUCUGGAACGUGCACGUUCUCAAUGCGCUCCUACACACGCUGUACCCACGUCAAGGAAUCUACUUCGCCAAGGCCACGCCGACGCACGGCGUUGGCUUCGGCAGCAUUAGCAGCAACGGAGGAGGCGGCAACGUGCAGGGCCCGCAGCUGACGAGCGAGCUGCCGUCGCGGCUGCUCUUCUCCAACUCGUCCGGCGGCAGCCUGCCGUGCUCGGCCACGGGGCAGCCGGCGCCGACGAUUCGCUGGCUCACCGAGGACGGAGACGAGGCGGCCGACGUGCCCCGGCUGAGGCACGUGCGCCAGGGCGACGGCUCCCUGGUGUUCCUGCCCUUCCGCGCCGACCAGUUCCGCCGGGACGUGCACGAGGCCCGCUACCGGUGCUCGGCCAGCAACGCCAUCGGCACGGUGGUCAGCCCGCAGGUCCACGUCACCGCUGUGCUGGACACCAACUAUGAGAUACGCUUUUCGGACCGGCACGUUCUCUCGGGCAACUCCGUACUCCUGCAGUGUCCAAUUCCCAGUCAUCUAGCCGACCACGUGUUCGUGACGUCGUGGCAGAGGGUCGACGGCUACGUCAUCACUAAGAACACUCAAGGAGACGACUACUUGGUUACGAGUGAUGGUCAGCUGUACAUCCGCGAGGCCCGGGAUGCCGAGGAGCUGCUGCGAUACCGAUGCCACACCGAAAACACGCUCACCCGCAGGAAGAAGACCAGCAUGAACUUUGUACGCCUGCUUCUCAGAGAGCCAGUGGCAAUGCAAAUGCCAUCCAUCGUCCACCGCAGUAGCCGGGUGCUCAGUGAUCCGGACCUCCCGGCGGAGUUGGUGUGCGCAGCCGAGGGAUUCCCCGUGCCAUCUUAUAGCUGGUACAAGCGCGACGGCCAGCGGAUGAUGCCGCUGGAAUCCGGGCCCCGCGUCCGCCAGGUGGCCGGCGUUCUGCAGUUUCGCGAGGUGGAGUUCAGCGACGGGGGCAAUUACGUCUGCGUCGUGUCCAACAGCGUCGGCGACGCACAGGCUGAUCUCGAGCUCGUCGUCACUCCCAAGCCGUGGGUGACGGUGACCCCCGCGAACGUGCGGGCCGAGGUGGGCCACGCGGCGGCGUUUCGGUGCAACGCCUCCGGCCUGGACUGGGGCGCGGUGGACGAGACGAGCCUCGAGUGGCGCCACGACGGACGCCGCGUGACGCCCGCAGCGCAGCAGGCGGCGGCGAUGGGCCGCUCGCGUGCGCUGCACCUGGCUUCGAUCCGGCGCCAGGACCAAGGGAUGUACCAGUGCUUCGUGCGGCUGUCGCCGAGGCGAACCAUACAGGCGGCGGCGGAGCUCAUUGUUGGCGAUCAAGCUCCCAGGUUCAAAUCAACUUUCGACGAGGUCACCGUGCGGCCGGGCAAGGCUGUCUCUCUGCGUUGUGUGGCGCUGGGUGACCCACCUCCACGCAUCACUUGGUCGUUGGACGGCGUAUGGCCCAUCGACAGCCGCCACGGCCGUGUCCGAGUACGAGCUGCCGGUCCAGAUGCCAGUUCUGGCGCAGUCGGAGCCGAGGUGUCCAGCACGCUGUCUAUAUCAUCGGCUGAAAUCAAGGACGGCGGCUCUUACGUGUGUGAGGCGUCCAACUACGCAGGCGUGGCGUCGCACUCGGCACGAAUCAACGUGUACGGACCGAUUUUCGUUCGAGCGCUGGGAAACCUCUCGGCGCUGGCCGGUGGCACAUUCUCGGUGCAGUGCCCGUUCGGCGGAUACCCGUACGGGAACAUAGACUGGGACAAAGAUGGCCGGCGGCUGCCGCUGAACCAGCGCCAGAUGGUAUAUCCUAACGGGACGCUACAAAUCCAGAAUAUUGACCACGAGCAUGACCAGGGCCAGUACACGUGCACCGUGCAUGGACCAGACUCCCAGGUCCUCCAUCGGACAACAUCGCUGCUUGUGCGCACCGGGCCACAGAUAACGCCAUUUGGCUUCCAGGCCAACCUGCACGAGGGGAUGCGGGCGGGUCUCACGUGUCUAGUGCACGCGGGAGACCCUCCGAUCCGCAUCGAGUGGCUACGCGACGGGAAGCCGCUGGUGCCGGGCGCCUACCCGCUUCCCGAUGUGGCCGUUCUCUCGCCGGAAGGCGGCUUCGUGUCCACGCUGACUCUGCCACGCGUCUCGUCGCGCCUCAACGGAAACUACACGUGCCGGGCCGCGAACGAGUACGCGUCAGCCGAGCACUCCGCCGAGCUACUCGUUAAAGUGCCUCCUGCCUGGACUAUGGAGCCAAAUGACACGACUGCCGUGACAGGACGCUCAGUUUACGUCGACUGCCAGGCCAGCGGCGUGCCCCAGCCCCACAUUCGAUGGAAAAGCGCUGCAGAGCCUGUGAGUCCAGCGUCGCAGUUCCGCACCAUCAUCAGCAACUCGCGCAUCCACAUACUGGUCAACGGGACACUCAGCAUCCGCAGUGUGGAGCCCGGGGACGCGGGAUUGUAUCUCUGCGAGGCCUCGAACGGCGUGGGAUCCGGCAUCAGCCGCGUGCUGCAUCUUACUGUGCGAAGUGCCCCACGCUUUGCGAGCAAGUUCACGACCGUCUCCGUGCGCCGAGGCGAAAGCACCGAGGUGACCUGUCCGGCUCAGGGAGACUCACCGAUACGCUUCCACUGGCUCAAGAACAACCUCCCACUCAACGUGUUGAAAGAAAGGAGGUACUCCCGGAUGGAAGAUAGAAAUGGCGAGGUCACCGUCUCAAAGAUCAGCAUCCAUCAGGUGGAGAGGUCAGACAACGCUGUCUACACCUGCCAGGCGACCAAUGAGUUCGGCGAGGAUUCGACCAAUAUUCAACUUACCGUUCAAGACGUGCCGGACCCUCCGGGAGAUAUUGACGUCCGAGAAGUGGGUAGCCGCACAGCCCGGAUCACGUGGUCCACUCCAUUCACGGGAAACUCGGCCAUUACACAAUACGUGCUCCACUGGAAUACGAUCGAUGGCAUCUGGCAAGACACACUGUCGGUGUCCGGGCUAGAGACCAAGGCCACCGUGCGAGGUUUGCUGCCUACCACGAGCUACCAGCUGCGAGUUCGGGCUCACAACGCUCUUGGCAUCGGCGAGUACAGCGCACCCGUCGACUUCACCACGUCUAAAGAGCCUCCCCGGUUUCCACCGAAGAAUGUACAAGCCAUGGCGACGAAUACAAGGACAAUAUCUGUGUCAUUUGACAAUCCCCGCCGUUCGAGCGUGGGUGACGAGAUCGAAGGAUUCUACGUGGGCUACCGUGAGCUGUCCAGCUCGGAUGCGUUCACGUUCAAGACAUUUGAGGCAUCGCCGGCACUGCUGUCGGCUCCAGUAAGCCACGACGCCAGCAGAAUACCGGCUGAUGUGGGUGAAGCAGCUGGAGCAGCGGAGCCUGUGCCGCAUCGGUUGAGCUACGAACUUGGUGGCUUGCGCCGCUCCACGGAGUAUGUGGUCACGGCUCAGGCGUUCAACUCCAAGGGUGCUGGGCCGCAGUCGGAAGUGGUCAGGGUGCGAACACUUGACUUCGAUCCACCGAGCGCCCCGCACCUGCGCGUAGGCGGCACAACGGCGCGGUCCAUAUCCGUGAACUGGGAGAACGAGCAUCAUCAAGACAUCCCCAUAACAGGCUACUCGCUCUACUACAGGACGGAAGCAGGUGGCGAGUGGCACGAGGUGUCAGUGCCGCCUGACCGACGGGCCUUCACCUUGUCGGACCUGCGUUGCGGCACCGACUACCUGGUCUACAUCCGCGCCGCCAACCGCGCGGGGAAGGGACCCCAGGGAGAGACGCUCAGCGUGCGGACAAAUGGAGGGCGUCCUGUGGAGCCCGAUUCAAGCCGUCUGUUCGAAGUCAACUCGACGUUCGUGGUGCUGCAUCUUGACGCAUGGGAGAGCGGAGGAUGCCCAGUCUCCUACUUCGUGGUCCAGUAUCGGCCCGAAGUGCAUGCGUCUGCUCGCCCUUCUCCCUCCUCCUCCGACUGGACGCUGCACUCGAACAACGUAGUGCCACAGCAGCAACUCGUGCAGCUUGCAGACUUGGCGCCGGGCACGUGGUACACCCUGCUGAUGUCGGCCCACAACGAUGCUGGCUCGACGGAGGUGGAGCUCAGCUUCGCCACGCUAACGCUAGCUGGAGACGUUCCUUCCCGACGGUACGAGCUCGUGGACCCCCAGGUUGCCUUCUACAGGCAUUUGACGGUGACUGUGCCCAUCGUGAGCGCCAUCUUGGUGCUGGUGGUUGUUAUCGGCAUCGUCUUCUUCAUGCUGAGAAAACGGAACUACGACCCAAGGCAGCGCUUCAACGACGGCAUGGUGGUUGCCGAGUGCUGCGAUGGUAUUAAGGGUGACGUGAUGCUGGCCGUGUCCCGAGAAUCCCAGGCGAGGCAGCCCGUCUACUACCCAGCGCCGUACGCGACGCACACUAGGGGCGGUGCGGUGGCAAACGCUGCCUCUGGCCACUGCAACCACGUGACUGGUUCCAGGGCAGGUGGCGGGGCAGAUGACCCUAUGAGCCGGACAUACGAUGUGCCUUACCCCGUCAAGAGAUUAGAAAUGUGGGAACCAAGAACAGAGACUCUGGUGACGGGAAUGGAAGUCUACGAAAAAGCAGGCCGAGAAUCGAUCUACACAAGCUCGCCGUUUCACAUAUCAAAGAAGAAAGCCCAAAGGAAACCGUGGAGGGAAGAUGGUGACAGGAGUUCUGGAAGCGACGCCGACGCCGAGGACUUCCCGGGAGACGCCUGCAACGGUGCUUUUCCCGAGGCGCUGGUUGUACCUUCGGAAAAGGUUUCGUGUCGGGACAACCGCCUCUCAACGAAAGACACGACAACUUCUUUUCGCAGAAGUUUCGUGGGGACGGUACCCACGUGACCUUGGAGUCUUUGGCCUGCUGGCAGCUGGCAGAGACUGGCAAACGGGGGUGAUUCAAGGAGGAGUCAAACGAACAAGACGUUGCAUGUGCUGCGGAAGAUACUACCGGCCGGAGACGGAGCCUCUCUUCUUGGAAGAAAUAGAACUAACCAAUCAAUGUUCCGGGAUCUAGAAGCCUCGACGUACUUCUUGAAACCGGGACUACGACAGAACUUCACGCUGAAGUUAGUGUCGAAUAUCGAAACGAGCCGUUUACAGCGAGACAGGCAAAAUGGCUGUCCUCGUGCUUUAAGGCCUGGCCUGGCACUGAGCGAGGACUACGACAUCACAGAAUUUCGGCUCAUCAGCAUUCAAGGCAUCUUCUCCUGCACCAUAUUUUUCAAGCAAGGCUGUUUGCGGUCCACGUACUCCAAGUGACGUUACUAGCGUUCGAAAACUGCGAAGUGCAUCACACGGGGAAAAAAAAUUCACCGAUGUGGAGUUUCUCGGUCCUUUGCCCCCCAUGGGACGGGCAAUGUAGUUUCUGCAAGCGACGCCGGGGCAUACGGCACAAGGCGGAACAAAUGACUGCGACGCUGUGCUUCGAUCUGUGAGACUUUCCAAGGCGAGCUCGUUGUGUAAGCAUGUUCCGUGCCAGCAGUUGGUGCGAUCAAGAAGAUUAUUUUCGUACGUGUAACA